AUGAAAUCAGUACUAUCGAUCCAAUCACAUGUCGUACACGGCUACGUAGGCGGUCGAGCGGCUAUAUUCCCAUUACAAACACAAGGCUGGGAAGUAGAUAAUAUUAAUACUGUCCACUUCUCGAAUCAUACGGGAUAUGGCCAUUUUAGAGGUCAAACAUUGGACCGCAAUGAGUUAGCACUGAUUUUGGAUCAGUUGAUUAACCAGUUGCAAAUUGAUUAUAAUGCUGUUAUCACGGGAUAUGUGCCUAAUGCUGAAUUGAUUCUGUGUAUUAGGGAGUAUAUUGUUACCAUGAAAAGGGAGGAGAAGCAAAGGAGUGAAUAUCAAAAGAAUGGGCACGAGAAUAAUGGAGGAGGGACACUACUUGAUGUAAGUGUCAAUUCACCAAUGACAUACUUGAUGGAUCCAGUUAUGGGUGAUAACAAUUACAUGUAUGUUGAUCAAUCAUGUGUGGAUGAGUAUCGCAAGUUGGCCCAUAGUGAUAUCGUUGAUAUAAUAACUCCCAAUCAAUUUGAAUUGGAAUUACUUGUCGACAACAAAAUAACCAAUCGUGAAUCACUACAAAAGGCAAUAUUACAACUACAUGACGAUUGUGGCAUUCCUUACGUCGUAAUCACAUCAGUUGAAGCACAAGUGAUCAACUCAAACCUGGAUAAAGAAGAAGAUGAUUACAUAUAUUGUGUCAUAUCAAUAAAAACUCACCUGUCUAGUGAUGCUCAAAUGAGGAUGUUUCAAAUACCAACUAUCAAAUCGUAUUUCACCGGGGUUGGCGAUUUGUUUUCGGCAUUAUUAUUGGAUAAAUUUGCCUCCAACAAAGUGGGAGGAUCUAGUGGUGCUAAUGACAAUUUGAGUCGAUUAUCUAGAUCCGUUAAUCAAGUGUUGACGAUAAUGGCCAAAACGUUAAAACUUACACAUAAAUUGGGUAUGCAACAAGCUAGAUCUACAUUGCUCAAUAAUGACACCAAUAAGCAUAACGGAGGUGACAGAAAUGGAACUAUUAAUGCUAGGGAUCUGUUUGAUCAUAAGGAAGAUGAGAUUGUGGGUAAGAUAAAUGAUGGCGAAACGAUGAAGUAUUUUGAAUUGAAGGUUAUUCAAGCUAAGGAGUUUUAUAAGUAUAAUGAAGACGGUGAAUUCAAAGAAAUGAAGUUCUAG